AUGGCCCAAGCCCCCCUGAAAAAAGCAAAGCCCACGACCGCCAAAAAAUCAUCAAAACUCGGUCCCCGCGUAAUCACCCCAAAGAAGGUCGCACUCGCAAAACAGCGCAAAUCGAUGAAGAAGUUAUCAUCCGGACUGAUAAACAAGACCGAACGGAGUCUGGCGGAGAGAGCGGGCCAUUUGGAGUUGUUGGUGAAUGCGAAGAAGGAGAAGAUGAAGGAGAAGAGGCCUGAGUUUAAGAAGAAAUAA